GAACACAAGGGCGGGCGAAAUCAUCAACUGUCACCCCACUGUGCGGUUAGACGCCGAGUCACCAGUUAAAUCAGGUGGGGGUAUACGGAAGUUGGCAAGAAACCCACGGGACUGCAUUGCACACAAUAUAAGUCAAAACAGGCAUCUGAGGGGUGAGGGGUUCCUGUCAGUCCGGGAGCUAGUCUCAAGAUAAGAGGAUGGCCACAAACCACCGCGAGGCGAUACAGAUGCAGAUCCAGCAGGACUGGGCCAACCGCGAGUACAUUGAGGUCAUCACCAACAGCAUCAAGAAGAUCGCGGAGUUCCUCAACUCAUUCGACCUGUCCUGCAAGUCUCGGCUAGCCGUGCUCAACGAAAAGCUCACCAAGCUGGAGCGGAAGAUCGAGUACCUCGAGGCGCGUGUGACGAAGGGAGAGACACUGAACUGAAACGUCUGAUACGUGCUGCUGGAGUGCCGCAGCACGGGACACACGCUACUGCUGCUGCUGUGGGAGCGGCCGGUGGCGCGAGUGAAUGCGUAAGUCGCUAUGCUUAUUCUGUGAGUGUUUGGCAUGCCAUAUGUUGAAAAGCGGCCAAUGUGUUUUUUUUUCUAUCUGAUCUGUGUAGCUCGUAGAUACAGGCCGUGGGAUCGCCACGUGAUCAGAAGCAAUGAUUCCGAGUUCACAUAUUGUUGAGGAAUGUUUGUCCACCAUUAUUCACUUCAAAAUCGCACUGUGUCAACGGCAUAUCUCAGCUCGUCAUAUAUCUAUAUUUCUGACCCAACAGCAUGCAUUUGUUGACGAAAAAACAGUACCCAGGCGUACCAAACAUUGGUAUUGCAGCUGGUUCGAGCGACGUGGUCGCCACAAUUUGUCUAACGCUAGCCUCUGAAUUCGCUUCUGCCAAGUGCUAUUACUGGCAUUGUGUGCACAAUCUGUUGUUUUGUAAGAAAACAUGAAUAUCUCCUA